CAUGAAGAAGGAAACUUCCGGAUUUUACACUGCUACGGCGUAUCUAGUGCAGCUAGAGCUAACGUUAAACAUCCGUGUGUGCGAGCAUAUAUUUCCCCCUUUCCUCUUUUAAAACACAAUACAUGUCGCAGAGGACUGUCUGAAAUACCGCAAUUUAUCUCACAUUUGGUGUACUAAAUCCUCAAAAUGCCAGAGACUGAGCUAUACUCGAAUCCCCUCGCACCAGACGGUCAUGAGGUUGAGGAUCAUCGGUCAGCAAAUCAAUCUAAGCUGACCAAUGAAGACUUCAGAAAGCUUUUGAUGACCCCUCGAGCUACCCCCUCCUCAGCUCCACCUUCAAAAUCAAGACAACAUGAAAUGCCACGGGAGUAUAAUGAAGAUGAGGACCCUGCUGCACGUAGGCGGAAAAAGAAAAGUUACUAUGCCAAGUUGAGGCAGCAGGAGCUGGAGAGGGAGCGUGAGCUUGCUGAGAAAUACCGUGACCGAGCCCGUGAGAGACGUGAUGGCGUCAACAAGGAUUACGAGGAGACAGAACUCAUCAGCACCACGGCCAACUACAGAGCUGUGGGGCCCACGGCAGAAGCGGAUAAAUCGGCUGCAGAGAAGAGGCGUCAGUUGAUCCAGGAGUCCAAGUUCUUGGGUGGUGACAUGGAGCAUACUCACUUGGUGAAAGGGUUGGAUUUUGCCCUGUUGCAGAAGGUACGAGCCGAGAUCACUAGCAAGGAGAGGGAAGAAGAGGACAUGAUGGAAAAAGUGCAGAAGGAAGUCAAAAAAGAUGAAGACCCUGAGCAGAAAAUCGAAUUUAAGACUCGCCUUGGAAGAAACAUGUACCGCAUCCUGAUGAAAGGCCGACAGUAUGAGAGGAACGAGCUCUUUCUGCCAGGACGCAUGGCCUACGUGGUCGAUCUGGAGGAUGAGUACGCGGACACGGACAUUCCCACCACCCUCAUCCGCAGCAAAGCCGACUGCCCCACCAUGGAGGCCCAGACCACCCUCACCACUAAUGACAUCGUCAUCAGUAAACUGACCCAGAUCCUGUCCUACCUGAGGCAGGGCACACGGAACAAGAAGAUGAAGAAGAAAGAGAAGGGAGGAAAGGUUGAUGAAAAGAAGGCUCCUGAAGCAGACCUGACUAUAUUCGACGACAUUGGAGACUACGCUCCGUCCACCUCAAAGAUAAACCGCGAGAAAGAGAAGGAGCGCUACCGGGAGAGAGAGAGGGAGAGAGAACGUGAGAGGGAGCGAGAGAGGGACCGAGAGGAGGAGAAAAGACGGCACAGUUACUUUGAGAAACCUCUAGGGGAGGAUGAUCAUGAGACUAUUGAUAUUGAGAAAGGUCCUGAAGCACUGAAGGACCAGAUCAAGCUGAUCAAUGAGAAGUUUGCAGGUGCGGCAGGCCCCCAGUGGCCAGGCCCGGAGAUUGCUGGAACAAGACGUGAAGAAAAGAAGAGCCUCGGCGACUUCUUUGGCACGUCGAACAGCUACGCCGAGUGCUACCCAGCCACAAUGGAUGACUUGGCUGUGGACAGUGAUGAGGAAGUGGACUACAGCAAAAUGGACCAGGGUAACAAGAAGGGCCCUCUUGGUCGCUGGGACUUUGACACACAAGAGGAGUACAGUGACUAUAUGAACAACAAAGAAGCCCUACCCAAGGCUGCUUUUCAAUAUGGCAUCAAGAUGUCUGAGGGCAGGAAGACUCGUCGCUUCAAAGAGACCAACGAAAAAGCCGAGCUGGAUCGCCAGUGGAAAAAGAUCAGUGCUAUCAUUGAAAAGAGGAAGAAACAGGAGGCUGAUGGGGUCUCGGUGAAAAGACCAAAGUACUGAAGAUUGCCGCUGAACGUCAUCAUAAGCAAACAAGAGAUUUUAAUCUCAAAGAAAUGUGUAUAGUACAAAUCCUGUUUUGUGUAGCGAAGUGUGUUUUGUUCAUUUUCCAUAUAUAAUUAUUGCUGCCUACAACAUUUAUAUUUAGAAGAAUACUUUUCUCUUUCUGAUUGUGUAAUUUCUACUUUAAAAAUGUGUUGUGCAAGGUGCUGUUUUUCAGUACAAAAUGUUUCUCUUUUUUUUUUUUUUUUUAAGUCUUCAAAAAACUAAACUUAUAACCACA